CAAGAUGGCGGACGAACCGUUAAACAAGGAGGUAAACAGUGCCGAUAAAGAUCCGCUGUCAUUCUUUACUGCCGGAGAUUCCAGCUCGACCUCAGACUCUGAAAACGAAAGCGAUGUUAGGGAUGACGAUCAAGACAAAUUGAAAUCCAAGAGCCCAGCAGGUAAUGCAUCAGCACUCAAGACAAAGCUUCCUUCACCGACGACUUUGUUCGCAACAGUUGGGAGACCAGCUUUCCUUGAAACUAAAGAGGAGAGCUACGUCGAUUGGAACUCGCUGUCAAAACGAUACGAACCAAACACCUAUUCAGCUCCUCCCGUACAAUUUCCUCCUGUGACGGAAAGCAGCAGAGAUAGUGAAGAAUACGAAGAUGCUGUCAUUUCUUCUGCUCCAGUCAAAUACGGCAAGGAGAUCUCUGACAUACAAAAGCACUUAGUUGUUCACGAAAAAAGAUCAGUCACUACCGCCUUAAACAUCUUGAAAGAAAGAGGAGAAAGUGCUCCAAAGAAACAGAAAACGGAAAAUUUUAAGCAAAAAGAGAAAAGAAAACGCGAUCAAGGACAGACUUCUAGAGGAAAGAGUUAUGUGGAGGAAGAAAAGAGAAUAUUACGCCAAGACUUUGCUGCAGAUUAACCAUUACUCACUAUACGCGGUGGCCGUCAGACGCCUGCUAAAUGACUCCAUAACCUUUGUUUCAAGUUUCGGGAGAAAAGAUAUCCCAAAUUGCACUUUUUCUACCGUGAAGGGUUACACUGUAUACAAGCUUCGUGUGUGAAAAAAGCGAUUUUAAUUCGUGAAUUGAGAUAUAUUACGUUUUUGACCGAAAUGUAGAGAACCCUUUUACAUGUGAAACACAAGCAAGCUUUAAAUUUUAGUUCAUAGGAUACUGCUAAAGGGGUUCAAAACACUAGCAAUAAUAUCCUCUCUCUAUGCACAAUCAUUUUGUAAUUAUAGACACCAUAAUCUUCUGCUGUAGACUCUGUGCACUUUUUUGAAUUCGCUAUGAAUUAUAAUUUGGGAAUUUCAAAUGCUCACCUCAGCCUCUGGAUUCGAAGCCAGAAGUCAAUUAAACCUCACUAAACAGAUCA